AUGAUUUUUACCACCUUUGGCCUAUGCGCGCUACUUGCGCCACUGGCUGCUGCGACAAAGGCGAAACCCAACAUCAUCCUCAUCUUGGUAGACGAUCAAGAUGUGCAGAUGGAGUCGCUGAAGCACAUGCCAUUGCUUAAGCAGCAUAUGGCAGACGAAGGGACUCUAUACCAAAGUCACUACUGGUAUGUCUCUGGUUCGAAGUCUAUCGCUUUUAAGGUUAAUAUCCUCACUGGCAAGAUGUCACACAACACGAAUGUCACGGAUAUUGUCGCUCCGUAUGGUGGAUAUCCCAAGUUCAUUAGCCAAGGCCUCAAUGACAACUAUCUGCCGGUUUGGCUUCAGGAUGCCGGUUACUCCACGUACUACGCUGGCAAGCUCUUUAAUGCCCACACCACCGACAACUAUGACAAGCCUCAUGCUGCUGGAUGGACUUCUUCCAACUUCUUGCUCGACCCAUUCACCUACAGCUAUUGGAACGCCACAUGGCAAGAGGACAAGAAACCGCCCGUCAGCCGCGAGGGAUCCUACAACACCGACGACCUUGCGGCCAGUACCAUCAACUACAUUCGACAGGCGCAUUCUGCUGGGAGGCCCUUCUUCAUAGGAAGUGCCCCUAUUGCGCCUCACACCGAAGUCAUCCCAAAACCAGGCACGUAUGCCGGCAAUGUUUCACCCGAUGACCCUGCCUUCCAGCCUGAGGUAACACCGCCUAGGCCUGCUCCUCGUCAUGCCAACAUGUUUGCCAACCUGAAAGUCCCAAGGACACCUGACUUUAACCCGGAAAAGCCUAGUGGCGUCCAUUGGGUGGCCAAGCUUCCCCGCCUGAACCAGGCCGAGAUCGACUACAACGACGAGUUUUUUAGGCUCCGUCUGCAAUCACUUCAGGCCGUCGAUGAGAUGGUCGAAAGAAUUGUGAAAGAGCUCGAGAUUCUUGAUAUCUUGGACAACACUUAUAUCAUCUACACGAGCGAUAACGGGUAUCAUAUUGGGCAACACCGUCUUCCGCCGGGCAAAGAGUGCGGCUUCGAAACAGAUAUCAACGUUCCCCUUCUCAUUAGAGGACCAAACGUGCCCAGGGGUAUGAUCAGCGAUGUCAUGACAAGCCACACUGAUCUCGCCCCGUCCAUCUUCCGAAUGGCUGGCAUCGCCCCACGAUCUGACUUUGAUGGCAUCUCUGUACCUCUCACCAGAGAGGAAAUGACAAGAGGAAAGCCCAGUCGACCUGAGCAUAUGGGAAUUGAGUUUUGGGGGCUUGCGAUGGAUGAGGGCCUGAAUGGUACGAUGAUAACUAUUAACAACACUUACAAGGGAAUUCGCCUACACAGCGAAAAUUUCAACCUUUACUACUCGGUCCAGUGCACGAAUGAACAUGAGUUGUAUGACAUGACAGUCGACCCUUACCAGAUCAACAACCUCUUGCCUUCCGGCGCAAAUGCCACUGGAAUGCCUAUUGUUGACUAUGCCAAGUCAAAGGCCAGGAUCGACGGUCACUCCCUUCUCGGAGUUGUCAGCCGCCUCGACGCGCUCAUGAUGGUUAUGAAGAGCUGCCGCGGCGAGACUUGCAUCAAGCCAUGGAAUGUUUUGCAUCCCAAGGGUGAUGUAAACACACUCGAAGAUGCCUUGCAGGGGAAGUACGACGAUUUCUACAUGCGCUCUGCCAAGGAGAACUCUGUUAGCUUUUCCAUGUGCACGCAAGGGUAUCUAGUGGGCGCGGAAGGGCUUCAGAACCCUUUUAUCUAUGAGGGUUAUUGA